AUGUUAUCGACACAUUUUGCCAUUUUAUCAAUAACAGGUGUCUGGUGUCCUUCGCACUGGUCGUCGAAAACUUCGAAACUCUUGUACAAAAUGUACUCUUGUUUUGUCAUUUUCCUAAUGUACAGCUUAGGAUUAUCUCAAUUGGCGCAAAUAGUUUUUGUUAGACAUGAUUUCAAGAGCUUCAACGACACCUUCUUCAUUCUUUUGUCAACGAAUUUAACUUGCUUCAAAGCUAUCCGAAUUUUGCUGAAUCAAAAGCAAGUAAUUAGUCUGAUGGAAAUGUUUAAACAAGACCGCUGCUUGUUCCAUGAUUGCUUUGAAAAAAAUAUAGAAAAACGAUGCGAGUAUUACUGCAGAAAAGUCGCAAUAUCACUUUUGUGCCUAUGCGAGAUCACAGGUAUAUUUUUGGUUAUCGCACCACUUUUCAAAGACACUGAGAAUCAAGAGUUGCCCUACAAAGUGCUUUUACCCUAUGACAUCUCCAAUCCUCUGUUUUACUGGCUAACUUUUUUUCAUCAUACUAUUGGCGCAGCUACAUUUACUGCUAUCAGUAUAACCACAGACGCCCUAAUAAUUGGAUUUAUGUUGCACGUUUGUGCCCAACUUGAUUUGCUGCAAUUCAGACUUACAAGAUUUCCCGAAUUGAUUGGAGGAACAGAUUCGUGGGAAAAAGCUCAAAGAAUCGAGAAACUUUUACUGGCUCAGAGUGUCAACCACCACGUCAAUAUUUACGAAAUAUCCAAAUCAGUUUGUACCGUCUUUAGCGAAAUUAUCAUUAGCCAGUUUUGCGUUAGUGCAAUUGAAAUUUCCAUUAGUGUUUAUCAGUUAUCGCUUCAUAUGACUAAUGUUGUCGAAUCUUGCACGUAUUUGCUUUACCUGAUUUGUAUGUUGGGACAGCUUUUUGUUUACUGCUACUUUGGGAAUGAAGUUCAUCUUCAGAGCAAAAAAAUAAACUAUACGAUAUUUAGUAUCAACUACACCCCCUUGUCGAUUGAACUACAAAAAGAUUUGACAUUAAUGAAUCUACUGUCAUCGAAGCCCAUCAUAAUAUCAUGCGGACCCUUUGUUCGCUUGUUACUGGACUCGUUUACGCACAUCGUUAGAAUCUCGUAUUCAACUUUUAAUGUUUUGUAUAAAUCUGUUUAA